CCCGCCUCCCGCGCGGCGCGCAGGCGCAGCAGCUGUUGCUCUAUAUAAGGGUCGCGCCGGUCCGCGCUCGCGCUGUCGUCGGGAGGAUGUCGCGCUACGGGCGAUACGAGACCAAGGUGUACGUGGGGAACCUGGGCACGGGCGCCGGCAAAGGCGAGCUGGAGAGAGCCUUCAGCUACUAUGGACCGCUGAGAACCGUGUGGAUCGCCAGGAACCCGCCGGGGUUCGCCUUCGUGGAAUUCGAAGACCCCCGCGAUGCUGAAGAUGCUGUGCUUGGCCUCGAUGGGAAGAUAAUAUGCGGCUCCAGGGUCAGAGUGGAAGUAUCCACAGGGAUGCCGCGCCGCUCCCGCUACGACCGGCCCCCUGCCCGGCGCCCCUUCGACCCCAACGACAGAUGCUACGAGUGUGGUGAGAAAGGCCACUAUGCCUAUGACUGUCACCGCUAUAGCCGGCGAAGGAGGAGCAGGUCCCGGUCUAGAUCCCGCUCGAGGUCCCGUGGAAGAAGGUAUUCCCGGUCACGCAGUCGCAGCCGUGGUAGGAGAUCCAGGUCAGCUUCCUACCGCAGGUCCAGGUCGAUCUCUCCUCGUAGAUACAGAUCAUUCUCACCCCGCAGGUCCCGCUCUGGUUCUCUAAGAAGAUCAAGAUCUAGGUCUAGGUCACGCUCCAGGUCUCGGUCUGUUGUAUGGCCUCGAAGCAGGUCUGAGUCUCAUGGUAGAUCUAAAUCUGGCUUACCUGCUAAAAGCCGCUCAAAGUCCAGAUCACCAUCUCCAAAGAGAAGUCACUCACCAUCCGGAAGCCCUUGAAGGAAUGAAAGUCCUAAAAGAAUGGGUUCAAAUUUAAGAAGUUUAGUAAAAAACAUAUUUUGUUUACAUUAUAAGGGAUUUUGUGAUGUAAGGGCUUAGUCCUAGAAGUCUCUUUCUAUUGACUAGCAAUUGGCAUGAAUCUCUAUCUUCUAAAGAAAAGUAUUGUUACCAGACUAAUACAAAACUCUUCUGUUGUGUUUGUGUUCUGUGAUCUGAAAAUGUUGGGCUUUUUUUUUUUAUUUUUAUUGGUGCGUUGAAUUAAACUGCAUUUCUAACUAAUAAAUCAGUUGUGGUAA